CUGCCGGUCCCAAGCCCGGAUAAAAGAGGAGGAUUCAUAGCGGGGCUAACCACCCAGCAUGGGAAAACGGAUAUGGGUAAGAAUACUUCCACAACAGAAAAUACCGGAACCCUUAAAACAAGACGACCCAGGCUGAGGAAAACGGACAAUCGAUUUAGCAUGCUAUUUGGAAUAUGGACCGUAAAGACGAUGCUGCAGGCAGGAAAGAUGAUGGAGGUUGGAGACGUGCUCUGCAAGUACAAUUUGGACCUAAUCACCCUAAAAGAAGUACGGUGGAGUGGGGCUUUUCAAAUUGAUAAGCAAAACUUUACGCUAUACUACAGCGGUGCCACCAAACAGGGUCCGUAUGGCACGGGAUUUAUGGUCGCAUUUAAGUCGCAAACUUAA